AUAUUUUGUGUGGUCAUCAUUAUGUUAGAAGUGUCAUUAUCCACUUUAAUUAUAUUUGUAAAUAUGUAGAUUUUCCGUUUUUUUUUUUAAUUUUGAUAAAAACUGAAGUUUUAUUCUGUAUUGUUAAUACAUCGUUUGAAUCUAUUAUUUUUUGUGGUGGUUGGGUGUCUAUGUUAAUAAUAAAAACGUGUUUUUUUUGUAGAUAAGAAUUUAACUAAAAAGGAAAUAAAUAUACGUUGCACCCCACCAUAAUAAAGCUCAUUUUAAAAAUUUAAUGACGGUUGAACAAAAAAAAAUUAAUGACGUAAUUUUUUGACAUUUAACGACGUAAUUUAAGUAUGUAUUUAUGUUGUUGCGAAUCUAGCAGUACAUCUCUGCUGUCUAAUUAAAUGCUCUCUCGUUGGGUUUUGACGUGUAGCUCUCGGUUUUCUUCUCUUGUUUUUUCCUUCUUUUCAAACGAAACUUAAAUAAAAGUGUCUCUUAUUAAUUGGUUUAUUUGCUAAAACAAAAUUUAAUUGGUUUAUUUCUCUUCAUCUUGUGUUGAAUUCAGUGCCAUGAUAGUAAUACUACUAUUAAUCAUUUACGACAUCAGCUAAUCGUAAAAAUAGUUACAAAUGUUAUUUUAAAAAAAAUCUUAAUAACAGUUGACAAAUUGUUAUUCUAACGCUUUCAUAUUAGUAGUCCACUUGUCAUCUUAGUGUUAAAAUUUUGUUUAAUUUUAAGUAUCGUUUUAUGUUUUCAAUAUAAAAUUUAUUAACAAAUAUUCUCAAAUUUAUUUUUUAUUAGUUGAAAUAUGGUUAAUUGUAUAUAUAAUGAUUUUUUUUUUUUUUUGAAAAUAUGUAAAAUUAAAUGUUUUCCGUAGAACGGCAACUAAAGUGAAACAGAGGAAUAAUAUUAAAAGAAAUAAUAUAAAAAUGAAUUUGAACUUUAACAAGAAUGCUAAUAUAUUUUUCCUUUUCUAUAUUUUUGACUUAAAGAUUUAUGGUUUAUUUUGAUUAUCUUAAAUUAUAACCUAUGCGUAAAUAUGGUAACAAAUAAACGAAUAUAGAAACAUGUGCUUUAGAAAGAAAAUAAAGAAUAUAGAAACGUGUGCUUUAAAAUUUUUUGUUUUUAAAGAAUAGAAAAACGUGUGAUCUUUUUUUUUUUGUAUAGUAGUAAUCUUGAUGAUGUUCAGCUUUUCUCCCAGAUAGAACUAACUACUACAUGAUAGUGUAGGGCGUAAAGAUUUGACUGACAAACUUAUUAACCGUGAUGAACUGGGCCUUAUUAGGGAGCAAAGAUACUGAUUCGGGAAGACGUAGUCACGUAGAUCAAGCUGAGAAUAGGAAAUGAUUAGCAUACGGAUGUAUAAGCCAUCCCAGGCACAAGCCUUACAUGUAUGUAUUUAUGCCAGGGCGAAACUGUUUGGGCACUGGCAUCACAUAUGACCCAAAAAAAGAGUUUCUUUGCCUCGCUUAUGAUUCGUUAUGAGUUUAACACUCAACGUGGACGUGGUUGAGCUUAGAAACAGAACAGUAGCAUUUGUUCUAACUUCUACAACAUAAGAUGUUUUUCUGCUUGACGCUACUAUAAAAAGGUUUAUUAGGACAUCAAGUUUUACUUAUGUUGUCUGAAAGACCAUUUACCUUUUCAGCACAUUUAAGACCUUUAUAGUGUCAUAUAAUCACUCGAGAGUUAGGAGUUGUUUGAUAUGCUCUGGAAUGUAAUGAAGCCACCUAUCUGAAAAUGGCAUCAUUUCUAGUACUGGAUGGAUAAUCGUUUGUUGAAAAGGAUGCGAAGCACAUAGCUGAGAGUACUAUACAAUAUGACUGGCACUUUGUGAUUUUUGCAUCAUGACACCGUUCAUUGUAUAAAUGUAAAACAAUAUUGUAGACUCGGUCCCCCUUCCUUAAAUACAAUUAAUCAAAAUCAUCUCAAUGAAAAAAGAGAUAUGUCUGUAUGACUGUAUCUAAAGCUGGCAUGAAAAGUUACAUACCGCAUGAUUAAAAAUAAAUAAGCUAGAUAUGUAUGAAUGUUUCCAGAAUCUAUAAGCAACACUUUAUAAUAUCUUAACCGAAUCCAAAUUACCGCCAAAAGAGCUGGAUGAGCUGGAAAUGAUAAAUAGUAACUUGGUCAACGAUAUUCAGCCUAGAGGCAGUGAGGAUGUUUAUAUUUUUCAAACUUAUACUAUUAAAGUUAAAAUAAUGGAUAAUCAUAUAGUUUUGCAUCGUUUUAAGCUACUUAAACAAACUGAUGUUUUCACAGUUCUAACGUACUUUCAUGUAUACUUUUGGUGAUUAACGGCCUCGCCACUAUCAUUUACACUUACUGUUACAGAAAGAAUGACGCUGGAGACAUGUAGCCUCACUUUCAUUUUACCUAUUCAUUCAUGCCAUGAUUUAUAGUCUUUAAUUAGACUGCAUGAAGACUUUGACAUUCUUAUGAGGUUUCUACAAGCCACUUUUGGACUAUUACUGGAGAUGUGUUCCACAUAGAAGAAGCAUUGAAAGUAGAGUCUAAUGGUGGGUAUUAUAAGCGAUUGCGUGCUGCCAGAAGAAAACAUGAUUUCAAAUAAGAUUGGAGGCAUCGUCGAUGAGCAUUUUCAACCCCUGUUUAUUUCUCACUCUAUAACUGAAGUGGGAGUAAAAUCGUUUCCAAUCCUAUUAUAUUUUUUUUUCCAUUCCAUAAUAUAAUAAAAAUGAGUUUUCUCUAUAAAUAGAACAAUCUAAUUAUUUUUCAUUCAUUAUUUUUAAUUCUAAAACAAAACAACAAUUCAAUUAUAUUAUAAAAUUCCUCCAUUUUAAAGAAAAAAUGGUGUAAUACAUAAAAGAUGUUUUAUAUUUUAAAAAUAUAUAAAGCAGUGUUUGGGGUAUGGUUGGUGUAGGGAUUAGGGUUGGGGCCAUUGUCUAAGAAUCUAUUUUGGCUUAGAUUUGUAUUCUGAUUUUUAGAUCUUAUUUGAUGAGUUAAAAGAAUAAGAAGUACUAAAAAAUAUAUUAAAUUCACACAUGAUGCAAAAAAAAUUGCAUAUUGUGAUGAGUCUAUGAAAAAAACUCUAAAAUCCGAUUUUUUUGAAAAAGGUAUUUUGAUGUUACAUCAGUGAUUGCAAUUAAUUAGGACAUGAUUCCUGAAGCCCAUGUUAGUGAAGCAUCACAUCAAAAUAGAACUUCAUGAUGAGAGCAAACAUUCCCUUUCUGACCACGCUUAUUUAGCGAUUUAAUCAUAGUAAUGCUGUUAUAUCGCUUAAAAAAAAUUAAACUACAACAAUUAAAAUUUCAAAUUGUUUAGUAUUUUGAUAAAGAAGAUUGCAGAAACAUUAUCAGUUUAUUUAUUUAUUUAAUGUUUGAAACACCGAAUAAAAAGGUUAGGAUGAGUUGUCGUGACUCACCAUAAGCCGGCCCUCAACUAACAACUACAAAAUCCAAAAGAACAUUUUGUCAACAUGUAAAAUAUAAACAAAGUAAAAUACAUUUUCAAAAUAUUCGAGAAAACCUAUACAACAACAUUCAAAAUUUAAAUUCUUCUUUCGGUAAAGUUUUCCUUAAUUCAUUUGUUAUCAGCUUUAUUUUGUUUGUUUUCUAUUAUUUUAUAAAGUUUACUACUUUUUCUAAAAAGUAAUUGUGCAAAAAUAAAUAAAUAAAAGAAUUAACAAAAUAAAUAGUCUUGUUCUCUCUCUCUCUCUCUCACGUUAAGACGAGAUUAGAUUAGAGAGUUACUCUAAAGACUUGUUCUCUAUUUUGCUGUCACCUUCUCCACAGAAAGCGUCACCUUUUUUUUGUUUUUACCCUUUUCCUCUGUUUCUAGAGACAAGAGUAACUCAUUUGUUGUGUUUGUUCUGAAGAUGCAACUUUUUACUAGCUGUUGCGGAAAAGGAUUUGAAGGGAAAAAGAAAGUGGAGACAGAGCCAGCUCGGAAGAUAUUCUCAUUGAAGGAGCUUCACUCAGCCACAAACAGUUUCAACUACGACAACAAACUCGGCGAAGGUCGCUUCGGCAGUGUGUAUUGGGGUCAGCUCUCUGAUGGCUCACAAGUUGCAGUCAAGAGACUCAAGGCAUGGAGCAACAGAGAAGAGAUUGACUUCGCUGUAGAAGUCGAGAUUCUCUCCCGUAUCCGUCACAAGAACUUGUUAAGCGUUCGUGGCUACUGUGAUGAAGGACAAGAACGUCUUCUUGUUUAUGACUACAUGCCGAACUUGAGCCUUGUCUCGAAUCUUCAUGGCCAGCAGUACUCGGGAGAGUGCUCUCUAGAUUCCACCGCUCGGAUAAAGAUUGCCAUAAGAACUGCUCAAGCCCUUGCAUACCUACACCAUCAUGUAGUCCAUGGAGAUGUCAGAGCGAGUAACGUGUUGCUAGACUCUGAGUUUGAGCCUCGUGUUAUGGACUUUGGAUAUGGUAAACUGAUACCAGAUGAUGAGGAAGCUACUAAAGCUAGAAGUAAUAAUGGGUAUCUCUCACCAGAAUGUGUUGCGUCAGGGAAAGAAACAGAAGCAGGUGAUGUGUAUAGUUUUGGUAUCUUAUUGCUGGAGCUGGUUACUGGCAAGAGACCUAUUGAGAGACUAAACGCAACUACAAAGCGUGGGAUAACCGAGUGGGUGUUACCACUUGUUUACGAGAGAAAGUUUGGUGAAGUCAUGGAUCAGAAGCUGAAAGAGGAGAAAGUGGAAGAGAAGCUGAAGAAGUUAGUCUUGGUGGGAGUCAUGUGUGUUCAGACAGAGGCGGAGAAGAGACCAACAAUGUCUCAAGUGGUGGAGAUGCUAAUGAAUGAAUCAAAGGAGAAAAUGUCUGAACUUGAAGCCAAUCCUCUCUUCAAGAAUCCAUAUAGAGAGCAUCAGGAGGUUGCAGAUGAGAUCUCAGAAGAACAACAAUAGGGAUUUUUUAGGCACAUUAACAUUUGUUUUUACCAUUUUCUGUUCAUAUUGGUUUAGUUUCUGAGGUAUUGCUUAUUCUUUUUGUGUUUCUUUGUUUGUAACAUUGGUUUUGAUUUGAUUGGAUGUUUGUAAGGUGUGACAUUGGCAUAUAAAGGAGAUUGAAUACUUUUAUUUAUGAAACUUUAAAACUCUUUUAACACAAUCUUUUUUUCACAAUGAGAUGAACUAGUUCUGAUUCUUGGAAGAAGAUGAUCGGAACAAAAGUAUAACAGAGAUUACAACAGGAGCAAAUAUAAUGAAGAGUGCUUGCGUGAGGUUAGGUGUUGUGAUCUCUGGGAGCAAUACGCUGCCGUAUUUGAUUAUAGCUGCGCCUAAUACAGAACCAGCUCCAAGCUU